AUGUGGUUUGCUUCUUUAGUGGCAAAGCCACGGCCUUACCAAGUUUUGAUAACCGGCGUGAAAUUCAAAAGUAGAUCCACCACCUGGGGCAAAAGUGCCCAUAUCAGCAAUCUCAAAUUGCUGCAAGGAAUUCCUCGGAGAGAUUUAAUGGCAAAAGAUGCUCUCAAAUGA